UAUAUGUAUAUAUAAACACUGAGAGGAUCAAACAAUGGCAAACUCUAGUCGCAACAGUUUGGAUUCUGCUUUAAACAACCACGAUGUAACUGAUGAUCAGAUUCACUCCGAUUCGGAAGAUGAUGAUGAAGAACAGCGAGAGGACGCAGGCAAUAAAUCCCCGAGUGCAAACGGUCAGCCGGUGAGAUCCACUGACCGCUAUGGCUUUCUAGGUGGUCAGCAGUACACAGAUCCUGAGCAGGAGUUUCGAAUACCCGUUGAAGUCACACGGAAACGUGAAAUGAAAUGGCUGGAAAUGUUCGAAAACUGGGAAAAAUGGAUGAGCAAGAGAUUCAAAAAGGUGAAAGAUCGUUGUCGGAAGGGAAUUCCCCCAUCCAUACGACCGAGGGCGUGGCAGUACCUGUGCGGGAGUCAGUUCCUACUGGAGCAUAACAAGGGCAAAUAUGAGGAGCUGAUCAAGCAGGAGGGAGAACCUAAAUGGGUGGAUGACAUCACAAAGGAUCUUCAUCGGCAAUUUCCUCUUCACGAGAUGUUUGCGGCCAGAGGGGGGCAUGGACAAGGUGAUAUGUUCAAUGUGCUGAAGGCCUACACCAUCUACAACCCCCAGGACGGUUACUGUCAGGCCCAGGGACCCAUUGCUGCAGUCCUGCUCAUGCACAUGCCUGCAGAACAAGCCUUCUGGUGCCUGGUGUCUAUCUGUGAGAAGUACCUGCCAGGGUAUUACAGCCCUGGCCUGGAAGCUGUGCAGACAGAUGGGGAAGUUUUGAACGGCCUGCUGAAGAAAACAUCAACACCAGUCUACAAACAUUUGAAGAAGCAGAAGAUUGACCCAAUCCUCUACAUGAUGGAGUGGUUCAUGUGCGUGUUUGCCCGCACUCUGCCCUGGUCCUGUGUGCUCCGGGUGUGGGACAUGUUCUUCUGUGAAGGUGUGAAGGUUGUGUUUCGUGUGGCUCUGGUCUUGGUGAAGUUUUCACUGGAGGGGAGAGACAAGCUUUCACAGUGUCCCACCAUAUACGAAACAAUGGAGAAGCUACGCCACUUCCCACCAGAAAUGCUACACGAGGAGGUCAUCAUUAAAGAGUCGUUGAGACUCCCCAUCACAGAGCGAGACAUGGAGAAAGAGCACCGUGUACAGUUGGACAAGCGGCGAGCAAGAGAAAAGGAGAAAGCGGGAAACGCAGACGCCCUGAGUAAACGCAAGCGAAAAGAAGACAAGAGAUGACUCCGUCUUCAAGUCACUGGUUUCAGUCUUAUUUAUCACAUUUUGUAAAUUUCCUUGUAUAUACAUUUAUAUAUAUGAUGGAAGACAUAUGUUAACACUGGGCUUAGGACAGCCCUCUUAGUGAUCGACAGCAUUUGAUGCUCUCCGGACCAAACUGGUAAAUAGCUGACCAUUGCAAUGUUUUCAUUUUUGUAUUUGUCAGGAUGUAUACUUUUAUUUGCCAAAUUUUGUGGGGGUUUUUUUGUUAUUUGUUUUUUUAUUAAUGUUUUUGUAGAAUUGUCCUGCAAUGUUAAGGAAAUCUUGAGAUUAUUAUUGUGAAGUAUGAAAGAUUUUGUUUAUAGAAAGCAGCCGAUAUUAACAUAAGGCACAUCAGAGUUGUGCUGAUGGCUCAUAUCACCAUGUAGAUCAAACCAAAAGUACAUAAAUAGAGAUGAGAAGGCCACGCUUGCUUUGUAUGAUUCCC